AUGACGGCGACCGCCACGCUCAACAGCAUAACGCUGGAGCGCAUCGUCGCCGCAGACGCCGCGAUCCUGGCAGUGUCGCUUAGCGCAGCCCUGUUCUACGCCGCCGUGCUGCGCGCCACGCCGAGCCACACGCGCAUGGUCUCCAAGGCCUCCUCAACAGCACUGCUCGCCGUCUUCGCCGCCGUGCGCAACAACGGCAACGGCAAUGCGUGGCUCCUGGUCCCUGCGCUGGGCCUCGGCGCCCUGGGCGAUGCGUUCCUCGCCUGGCCCGGGGAGGAGGCAUUCCUGCGUGGGCUCGCAAGCUUCCUCGUCGCGCACCUAUUCUACAUUGCCCUGUUCAUGCAGGCCGGCCAUGGAACAGGACAGAUCAUGGCGGACGGAUGGCGCAAGGGCGUGGCCACGUCCAUGCUGGCCCUGGCACCCGUCAUGAGCUUCAUGCUCGUCCCGCGCGUGCCCCGGACCUUGCGCGCCCCCAUUAUUGUCUACUCGGCCGUCAUACUCGCCAUGGUCUUGUCCGUACUGACCAUUGACAACCCUCAAGUCGUUACGGGCGCCGUUCUGUUCGCCCUUUCCGACUCUAUCCUGUCGACCGACGAGUUUCUGAUGCCGCCAACUUCGCCCGUGCGACCGCUACUACAGCACAGCGUUUGGGUACUGUACUAUUCAGGCCAGCUCUUGAUCGCAUCCGGCCUAUAG